GUGAUGAGACACUGUGUACCCCCCUGUCCAGGGUAGGUGCUCCAAUCCUCCCUGGGGAUUGCAGUGUCUUUACAGCUCUGGCCACAUCUGCUGCCUGCCUGGGAAGGUGUCUGCACACCCCACCUGCCCCACCGGCUCUGGGACACGCUCACCUGCAUCCAGCCACGGCUCAUGGUCUGUCCUUGUGCCCUGGGAACAUCCAGCUGAGAUGGGCGCUAUCCCAGGCCAGGGCUUGCAUGGAAAAGAGCUCUAGGGCCAGCAGACGUCAACAGGGGAGGGGAUGGGGUAACCUCCCCCAGCCUGGGCACUGGCAUCUGUCCCAGCACACCCAGCCCCACUGCCACCCCAGCUGUGUGCCCCCAGCACUGCCCUGCAGUGCUCCACCGCACAAACACAGCUAUCACAGCCCAAGCACCCCAGAGUGCUUUUGACAGCCUGUUCCCACGUCUGCACUUGCAUGGGAAAGGAUAGGUCCCAGGUUUGGCCAGGUCCCCACAGCAGGGACUUUACCCUGCCCAGUUACAAGCCACGCAGCUCCUGGCUGCUAUAAAGCUGGUGGCCUCAGUGGCACAGCCGAGUCCUCCCAGGAUGGCGUUUCUGUGGGUAGUUGCCUGCCUGGCCCUUGCCAGCACGGUCUCAGGCUGUGGGGAGCCCAGCAUCAGCCCCUUGCUCCACCACACCGAGAGGAUCAUCAAUGGGCAGAAUGCAGUGCCUGGAUCAUGGCCCUGGCAGGUCUCCCUGCAGAACCGCUUCGGAUCCCACUUCUGUGGUGGCUCCUUAAUCAACGAGAACUGGGUUGUCACCGCUGCCCACUGCGAAUUCAAGUGAGGAGCAAUGUCCAGCAGACCAUGCUGGUGCCACGAGGGGCUUGGGGCGUGCUGGGCAUCACUGAGUGGCAGCUGGGACAGCCCUUAAGGCCAGCACCCAAGGAACUGAGCAGCCAGGGGCUUCCCCCUAGACUGUCCCCACGGUGGCUUCCUUUGGGCACUCAGUGCAGCAUGUUCCCAGCACUGCUCCCACCCCAGGUGCUGGUUGCCAUGUGUCCCACUGACCCUCUUACCUCUCACAGGCCGCUCUUCCAUGUCGUCGUCCUUGGGGGAUAUGACCGCACCUCCAGGGCUGACUCUGUUCAAGUGAAGAAUGUGGUCAGGGUCGUCACGAAUCCCAACUGGAACCCGUACACCCUGAGCAAUGACAUCGCCCUGCUGAAGCUCGCCUCACCUGCCAAGCUGGGACCCCGUGUGUCCCCUGUCUGCCUGCCCCCCCCUGACCUGCAUCUGCCCGACAACCUCCAGUGUGUCACCACCGGCUGGGGACGCACCAGUGUCAACUCCUACGUGCUGGCAGAGAGCCUACAGCAGGUAUCCCUGCCCUUGAUCUCCUCCAGCAAGUGUGCCGAGUACUGGGGAAGCAAGAUCACCAGCUCCAUGGUCUGUGCUGGUGGCGUCGGUGCCUCAUCCUGCCAGGGUGACUCUGGUGGACCUCUGGUAUACCAGGAUGGGAGCCUCUGGACCUUAAUUGGCAUUGUCUCCUGGGGCAGCAGCAACUGCAAUGUCAACACACCAUCUGCCUACACCCGUGUAAGCCACUUCCGAAACUGGAUCAACAACGUUAUUCAAGCUUAGAGCCGGUGGUGGA